CAAGAAUGCCGAAGGUAGCGCCAAGCUAAAUUCACGUGAACUCUUUGUUUCCAAAGGAUCACGCGUGUUCCUAGACGACAUGGACUCGACGCUAGUAUACCCACUACCUGUUGAUGUAGAAGAAACUGACCGCCAAUCAUUGUGGACGCUUCUUCUGCUGGAAAUCUACGGCACUCCCAUCCUAUCCUAUGAGUUGGCCCGUAAGCCACCACGGCGGAUACUCGAGGUAGGCUGCGACACGGGGUUUUGGAGUAUAAUGUGCCACAAGCAUUUCCAGUCAAAAGGAAUCAAAGUCUCCUUUGUGGGAAUUGACAUCAAGCCGCCAUCCCCGCCGGAUGCGAGCUAUGCCGAAUUGGACAUGGAUUGGCAGUACAUCCAGCAAGAUAUGCGGGAGGCGCCAUGGCUGUUGGAGAGUGGCUCGUUCGAUCUGAUCAUGGCCAAGGAUAUGGCCCUGGUCUUCACAGAUAUUCAGUACGGGGUAGUCAUGGGGGAGUACCUACGCCUACUAAGACCUGGCGGCACUCUAGAGGUUUGGGAGCGGGAUCUCAGCGUUCGUGCGCUGAAGCCCCAGGCCUCAGGGACCACCACGUCCACCAACGACAUGACAUCACUCGGGGUGUACCCUGUGGACGUCAGCACUAGGUUAGGUCCAGCUAUGAAUCCGUAUCUGGUUGAGUACAACGUCUGGCUGACCAAGGCCCUGGCCAAAUUCGGUCUCACCCCUGUACCGUGUGCCGUCAUCGGACCAGCCUUGGGGGGCUUCCUCACCCCAGAAGCCGAGGCUUUGGAAGGCAUGAUUUCCAAGCGACUUGCGAUACCUCUGAGCGAGAUUAAGUGGGAAUGCCAAAAAGGAGAGCUGCGAGUGUUGAGUCCGCACCAAAUGGCUGUCCGGGAUACCGCUCUCGAAUGUCUCGUCGGGCUUAUCGACGCUUUCGAGCCCUUGUUAAAACCUGCGAGCAAUAAGAACCAGGAUGAUUGGGAUCAGUGGUUUAGCAAAGCGAGAACAAAUUUGGUCCGCGACCGAGGUGCUAAUGGGGGCGAAUGUUUGGAGAUUGGCAUAUGGAGUGCUCAAAAGAAGGCUUGUUGAAGUCACAUUCGACCAUUUGGAAUGCCAACCAAGGGCAUAUUUUCUGGCGCUAGUAGUUGGAACUUUGGGACAAAUUCCAUUGAAAGUAAUUUUGAGGAAUUACUCACUGGUGAAAUAGGUAGCUAGAAACAAGAGAAGCCACAAUGGGCACAAUGAGGGCAUAGGAAGUAUUAUGUGGGUAUAUCAACUCAGAG